GCCAAGCCGGAGUGCUUGCUCGAUGCUCACGCAAGUCGUCCGCAGAGCAUUCAGCAGCAGCGCACGACUCAAGAUGCGCAUCGUUCCUGUGCCGGUCAGAUCGGACAACUACGCCUAUCUGCUGAUUGACGACGCGAGCAAAGAGGCGGCGGCGAUCGAUCCGUUUGACGUCAAGAAAGUCGUCGCAGCAGCCGAGAAGGAAGGCGUGACACUGGGCAGGCUGCUCCUCACGACCCAUCACCACAACGACCAUGCAGGUGGCAACAAUGACUUUGCAGCAAAGUUCCACGACGCAAAGAUCUACGGAGGCUCAAAGCAGGUUCAGGGCGUCACAGACUUCUUCGAGGACGGCAAGCCUGUCGAGUUUGGCACCGUCAGAGUGACACCGAAGCAUACACCGUGCCAUACUCAAGACCACAUGUGCUUGUUCACCGAGGACACAAAGACGGAUCAGAAAGCCGUCUUCUCGGGCGAUACGCUCUUUAUCGCCGGCAAUGGCCGUUUCUUCGAGGGCACGCCAAAGGAGAUGGAUCAUGCCCUCAACACAGUCUUAUCGAGCUUGCCGGACGAGACAGUCGUCUAUCCUGGUCAUGAAUAUACAAAGAGCAACGUCAAAUUUGCCUUGACGGUUGAUCCCGAUAAUCAGGCGCUGCAGAAGCUAAAGAAGUACUGCGACGAGCACGAGUCCACGACCGGUGUCUUCACAUUGGCAGACGAGAAGCAGCACAACGUCUUCAUGCGGCUCGAAUCGCCUGCAGUGACAAAAGUCACCCACUCAAACGACACUGCGACAAGCAUGGGAAUCCUGCGAGAGAUGAAGAACAACUCAUAAAUUGUACGUGUACAUGCAUACUGCCACACAUAUGCCCUUGCGUGCGUGCGUACUGUCACAGAUUAGAGGGCUCGCUUGAGGGGAACAAUCGAGCCCACACAGAUACCCCGGACGCGAUGACGUUGAAGCGCGUCGCCUC